AAAGAAAGAGUAUGAUCAAUAGCAUGUACAGUACCGGCCAGGAUGAUGACAGGGACAAGCUCACAUGAGCCCAACCAGAUAAUACAUGGGUCCUACUUAUACUUUCUCUCUCCCGGCCAGUCUCCCUUGUUCUUCUCACUCUGUUAAAGAGAAAAGAUAGAAAGGAAAGAAUUUAUCCAGCGAAAGAAAUCGCCCAACUUGAGAAGCUUCCAGCAGGGAGGAACCCUGAUCCAGCAAGAGAAGCUCAAUUGGCUAGUACAAAACAUGGAUUUGAGGCCACCCAGAGAAGACUUGUCUUGUGAAGAACAUGAGCACAUGGUGAGAGGUAAGCUCCCUUUCUCCUCCUACUCCUCCUCCCCCUCCUACGAAGCUGCUUCCGAUCAUGUCAAUAAGCUUCACGAGCUCAUGGACAUGUCCCCAAGAAACCAGGACGAUGAUGUCAGACGCGGGGACUCCCAGGACGAUGGCCUUGGAUCCGGGAGCACUAUUACCGGGCGAGGCAACAACAUCAUGGAGAAAGAGCAUAUGUUUGAUAAGGUUGUAACUCCCAGCGAUGUGGGCAAACUCAAUCGCCUGGUAAUCCCUAAGCAGCACGCCGAGAAGUACUUCCCGCUCGACUCUACAACCAACGAGAAAGGCCUCCUUCUCAACUUCGAGGAUCGCAACGGGAAGCCCUGGCGGUUCCGCUACUCUUACUGGAACAGCAGCCAGAGCUACGUCAUGACCAAAGGCUGGAGCCGCUUCGUGAAGGAGAAGAAGCUCGAUGCAGGGGACAUCGUGUCCUUUCAGCGCGGUGUUGGUGAGCAAGGCAGAGAUCGUCUCUUCAUUGACUGGAGGCGCCGCCCUGACGCGCCUGACCCGAUGGCAUCUGUUCCCAAUCUGCCGAGCCACUACUUUUCAUUCCACCGCUCUAUCCCCUCUGCCUGGAGUACUAGCAGUCCUAAUUUGCUAAUGCGACCGAGGGACCACUUGCACCUGUCGUCGCAGCAGAUGAUGAAUGUGAACAGCAGCAAUAAUGUCAAUUUUCAACAUCCUUACCGGCACAGCUACGGCAAUGGCGCUUACUGUAAUUAUAUGGUAAACCCAUCACUGAUUUACAUGAGAUCGGCCGCAGCUGCAGUAUCCCCACAGCACCACCACCACCACCACGGCCAUCAUGAUCAACCACAUGAACAUCUAGGGCUGGUGCGGAAUAUUAGUGCGGUUGACCCACCCUUGGUGUUCGAGUCUGUGCCGGUCGUUCAAGGAAAAGUGGCAGCCAAGCGACUGAGGCUAUUUGGGGUAAACAUGGACUGCCCAAUAUCGGAGUCGGAUGCAUGCGACGUGAUAUUGUCCUCCACCACAAUAGGAGGUCCCCAUGCUACCAUGACAUUGCAGCCUUCCCAACUUUCGUCUUCGUCUCAAUCUGUUCUCCCAUUCAGGCCAUACAAUGGUACGCCACUACCAACCGUGCCCACGAACUUGCUCGAUAAAGGGAAGGCUUCAAUGUCCUUAGAUUUCGAUAUCUAGAGACACCACCAAAUUCAUCAAGAGGUCUUAAACCGAGUACUACACAUGAAGAGAAUACCAGGACACAUGCAGCCGAAUCACUUUCAAGUUCGUUUAAUUGGAUUUGAUUAUUUUGUCCCUCAAUGCUCAUGAUCAAGACCUACAAAAUGCACAACGGGUUCGACAAUGUUUGAUUUUGAUUCAGUUUCGUACAGAAGGCGGGUUUUGAUCGAGGAGUAAUGAUCAGUACGUUCAUGAAGAAUUAGCUAGCCAGCAUAAGCAAAUUAUUAAUUAGAGGCCAUUGGAGAUCGAUAGAUCGAAGCUAGCCACUAUAUAUUAUCCAUGAUCAAUUAAUGUCUUCUUUUUAUUAACUUCAUGUAAAAAUAUUUAUGACACAUGAUAAUUUUCAUGAUAUAUAGAUAAAUAUUAUAUAUU